CCCCGCCCCCUCCCUCCGCGUAGCUCCGCCCUGUUCCUCUCUAACACCUCUGAGUGAAUGGAGCCGGGCUGCACUUAGCUACAGGCGCCCAGCGUUGCUGCUACUGCUGCCAGCUCUCCCCGUGUAUGGCAGCUCCUCCUCCCUCAGCCCAUGUGCCCUGCAGGAAGCCCGACAGAAGCCUGCCGACCCUCAGUCUGAUAUUCCGGCGCAGCUGCCUGUGUGUGUCCCCCUCCCUGUGCAGAGCCCGGGGUCAACUCCUAACAGUUGGGCGAUUGUUCGGAAGGAUCAGCUGCAGCCUGCGACUCUAGGAAGGGACUGUUGGGCGCUCCUUGUACUGUGAUGCUUCCCAGUGAGCUGGAGGAGUGAAGAAAAUGUCAGUCAGCCUCCAUGAAAACCGCAAGUCAAGGGCCAGCACUGGCUCCAUGAAUAUCUACUUGUUCCACAAGUCUUCAUAUGCUGACAGUGUCCUCACUCACCUGAACCUGCUACGAAAGCAAUGCCUCUUCACCGAUGUCCUGUUGCUGGCAGGAAACCGCUCUUUCCCUUGCCACCGGGCUGUUCUUGCCGCUUGCAGUCGCUACUUUGAAGCUAUGUUUAGUGGCGGACUCAAAGAAAGCCAAGCCAAUGAGGUGAACUUCCACAGCGCUGUUCACCCAGAAGUCCUUGAGCUCCUCCUAGAUUAUGCAUACUCCUCCAGAGUCAUCAUCAAUGAAGAAAAUGCAGAGUCUCUUCUUGAAGCUGGAGAUAUGCUGGAGUUCCAGGAUAUCAGAGAUGCAUGUGCAGAGUUCUUGGAGAAAAACCUUCACCCGACCAACUGUCUGGGUAUGCUGCUCCUCUCUGAUGCCCAUCAGUGCACUAAGUUGUAUGAGCUGUCCUGGCGAAUGUGCCUUAACAACUUCCAAACCAUCUGCAAAACUGAAGACUUUCUUCUGCUGCCUAAAGACUUGGUAGUGCAGCUAUUAUCCAAUGAAGAACUGGAGACCGAGGAUGAGCGAAUGGUUUAUGAGUCUGCAAUGAACUGGAUUCAUUAUGAUCUAAAUAAGCGCCAUUGUUACCUUUCUGAACUGUUACAGACUGUGCGCUUAGCUCUGUUACCAGCAAUUUAUCUCAUGGAGAACGUUGCAAUGGAAGAGCUCAUUAUCAAACAGAAGAAAAGCAAAGAGCUGGUAGAAGAGGCUAUCCGGUGCAAGUUAAAAAUAUUACAAAAUGAUGGUGUAGUCACAAGCUUGUGUGCCAAGCCUAGAAAAACUGGCCAUGCUUUGUUCCUCUUGGGCGGACAGACUUUCAUGUGUGAUAAACUAUAUUUGGUAGAUCAAAAGGCCAAAGAAAUCAUCCCCAAAGCUGACAUUCCAAGUCCUCGCAAGGAGUUUAGUGCAUGUGCAAUUGGUUGCAAAGUGUACAUCACUGGUGGAAGGGGCUCAGAGAAUGGAGUUUCAAAGGACGUUUGGGUCUACGACACACUCCACGAGGAGUGGUCAAAAGCUGCACCUAUGCUAGUAGCACGAUUUGGGCAUGGCUCUGCGGAACUGAAGCACUGUUUGUAUGUAGUAGGGGGACACACUGCCGCAACAGGUUGUCUCCCUGCAUCUCCCUCAGUUUCCUUAAAACAAGUGGAGCAAUAUGACCCUGUAACCAACAAAUGGACCAUGGUUGCUCCUCUGAGAGAAGGGGUGAGCAAUGCAGCAGUGGUUAGUGCAAAGCUCAAACUUUUUGCAUUUGGAGGAACUAGUGUUAGCCACGACAAGUUGCCCAAAGUUCAAUGCUAUGACCCCUCUGAAAACCGAUGGUCGGUACCAGCUACUUGCCCUCAGCCUUGGCGCUACACAGCGGCUGCAGUACUGGGAACACAGAUAUUCAUCAUGGGGGGUGACACAGAAUUCUCGGCCUGCUCCGCUUACAAAUUCAACAGUGAGACUUACCAGUGGACAAAAGCAGGAGAUGUGACCGCUAAACGAAUGAGCUGUCAUGCAGUAGCAUCUGGUAAUAAACUUUUUGUAGUCGGAGGCUAUUUUGGUAUCCAGAGAUGCAAAACACUGGACUGCUAUGACCCCACACUUGAUGUAUGGAACAGUAUAACCACUGUACCUUACUCUCUUAUUCCUACGGCAUUUGUCAGCACAUGGAAACACUUGCCUUCUUAAAGCACUAUACUGUCAUGACACAGGACCUCAGCUGUGAAGACUGGAGGAGAGCUAAUAGAUGAAGACAGGAAUUACUUUUUUUUUUUUGCCUGAAAGAGUUUGGCUGCAUCUUGUGCAGAAGGCUCUUUGUAGAUGGAACUGCGGGCCCCUCUGGCAUGAAUGUUUAUAGCCUCCACAGUCAUAAGGGAACUUCGCAUUUGUAAUCUUGUCUUGUAUGUGCUAAAUAUCAGUGUUAAGCCUGUUGGAGACUACAAGUAAGGACAGUGUUGUGCGACAGCAUGCUCUCACUUUCAUGGGAUUUGUCCGCCCCCCCACAAAAAAAAACUGCCCUGCAAAGCACAGAAGCCUUGGGACCCAAAUGAGCCCUGUGGGGAAAAAGUCAGCCAAUGCCACAAGAACUUAUUUCCGGCUACUGGGUUAGCUAGCAGGCACCAAACAGCUGAGAUGUCACAUUGAGUAAGGAGUUGGCAACAUACAGCUCAAUAUAAGACUACUCCAUUGGGGCAGCGUCUGGGGGGGUGGUGGUGUUAAACCGCUACUCAGUAGUGGGCCCUCCGGCUAACACCUACAGAUGGGGAUAAACUCUUGCAUUGUGAAAAACCACAUCCGUUUCUCAUUCAUUGUGGGGGGAACAACCUGUGCAGUACUAUUGGAUGUCUUACUUCCGGAACACACGCUCAUUUCAUUUGGCCCAAUGUGUAACUUGGACUGUCUUUCCUUCAUUACAUUCCUUGUUGUCUGUUUAUUGUCCAGUGCUGUCUGCAUGCUGAUAUAAUGCCUGUAGCUGCAUUCACAGAUAGGAGGCCAGACCUGUGUUUGUAUAUUUGGGUGUAAGCAACAAUAGUCAGUAAGGGAACUGAUCAUCUUUUGGCAGCAUUUGUACUGUAUAUAACUCUAACAAGAAUAAUUGCAAUCGUGGAAGGGCAGCAACAUAGCGUCAGAAGCCUUUCCUGGACAAAUGGGUUAAUAAGUGCAUCCCAGUGUGUUGAUUUGACAGGAUUUAUAUUUAGAUCACCUGUACAACUGAAUGAAGUGAAUCACAGUGAGUUUCAGUCAUGGAUUUGCUAUGAACAGAACUGAAAUGGCUCUUGGCUCCUGCCGUUCUCAUUAAAUUAGUAGGCCGACUCCAAACAAGCAUGAUUAUGUUGUCCACUCAUGGCUUUGUAUUGGCAGUACUCUGGCCAGGGCAAACUACAAUCCCCUAGGCAAGGAAUUGACUGUGUGCUUGUCCUUUUUGCGUGUAAUAGAGCUAAUUUUAUGCAUUUUCCCUGUAAGCAUGGGUUCCUAAGAGAAAACUUACUGUUUUCCCAUGGUCAAAGGGGAAAGGAGUCUGAGCUCACAAGGAAAUACAUGCCUGGCCAACACGGCAGUCUGUCUUUCUGUUUAUUCCUCCAUCCCGUGUAGUACAGAGAUACAGCAGGAAACACCAAGUCACUUAGCUCCCUUGACAUAAACUGAAGAACAGGACAAACAAAGCUAUUCCACAACAUUCUUAUUCCUAUAAAAUCAGCCUGUUUAGCCAUAUAUUUAAUUUGUUCCUACUGCACUGGGCUGCACUCACAAACCCAUCCUAAAUGUCACUAUUCACUUCCAGCUGCCUACAUCUGAAAUGAUAAAGAUCAUUCCCAUGGCUAAUGCCUCUAAUCCCAUCUGUCAUCUCUUGCCCCAAACAGGGAAACCGUCCAUAUUAGCCAACACUUCACAAUGAUUUUGUGGGCUAAGGGAUGACAGACUGAGGAUAUUGUGACUGUGCAAUGCCAUUUAUACAUCAAGUGCAAGGGCAGGGUAUUAGAACAAGUAAGAACGGUUCUUUCCUUGUAGAUUUUGGGUGUUGUGUAAUAAAAGGCACACAGUUUACACAGGAGCAGUAACCCAUAGCAACCAAUCAACAGGUCUCCUGUUUAAAAGCAAACAUCUAAUUGGUUGCUAAGGGUUUUUGCGUCUGGGCAAACAGUGUACUUUUAUUACAUGUGGGGGGGCUUGCCUACAUAUGGCAGCUCAUUCCACUGGAUGGAGUAUUUAAUUUGAUGGGACUUCUGGAGGAGGGGCAACCACCAGUGCUUAGUGUCAGCUGAUGAUGGCAACACAUAGAAAUGGAGCUUAUUAGCUUAUUUUCUACAAGACUGCUCCUAGCACUCCUAUCAGCCGUCAUGCUGCCAAGCCCUGGCAUAAGGAAUCGGUGCAUGACAUUUGGUAACCCUUUAUAGUCCUGGCAUUUAAUAUUGACCUAUGCCAUCGUUUGCACUGUGAUGAAGCUAGUUAAGUCUGGCAUGGAGGAUGUUUCUCGUAGGUGUAUAUUAAACACAAAGUUAUAUUUUGGCUUAGGUAAAAAAUAAACUCAUGCCAUCAAGAGCUCAUGAUUAGCCAGGAAAGUAGCUUGUCCCACUGCAAGACCUGUUCUUAAAUUACUCGCUGGGGUAAAAAAAGCCGCAGGGCUCACUUUUUUUAGGCCUUCAGCCAUACAGGUCAUACCUUGCCCUUCUGCAUGUGAAUAGUUGGCACAUAACGUUCUCAUCUAGUGUUAACGUGUCCUGACCUUCUGCAGUUACAAACUAAAUAUACCCCUUCAGCCAUGCUGCAUUUCCCUUACUUGGAUGUCUGUUUCCACAAAAAAAAAACAUUGUCUGCUCGUCUCCUUGUUCCCGGCAACAUCCAAAGUUAUUUAUUUAUUUAUUUAUGUUCAUGAGCAAAGGUUUAUUUUUUUUUUGCCAAAGCCUUAUUUGUGCAAAUGUUAUUUUUUUUCUUUUUGUUGCAUUUCUUUUGUCCAAAGUGGAUUUGUGAUAUAAACAAAUAAAGUUGCACUGUUUGAAUUUUU